AUGUGGACAAGUGCACAAAGAGUGUCAUAUAUGGUGGUGACUUGCCACUUUGUGGACUCCGAUUGGUUCCUUCAAAAGAGAGUGUUGAAUUUUUGUAAUGUGCCACCUCCACAUAGUGGUGUUGUUAUUGCUGAAGAACUGCGAAAGUGUUUUGGUGAUUGGGGCAUUGAGGACAAGGUAUUUAUAAUAACGGUUGAUAAUGCUAAAGCAAAUGAUACUACUAUCAGAAUUCUUAAAGAUGAUUUCGAGUUAAGGGAAGUCUUGCCUAUUGGAGGUCGAUUAUUUCAUGUGCGAUGUUGUGCUCAUAUUACUAACUUGUUGGUGCAAGUAGGACUUGCUAAAAUUGGAGACAUAGUUGAUUCAGUUAGAGAGGGUAUCAAGUACAUAGUGGCUUCUGAGGCUGUACAAUUCAAAGACGUAUUUCCUAGAUACGAUCAAAGUGAUCAAGCAUUUCAGUGGUUAAUAAGCCCUGAAGAAUGGGAGAAGGUUGAAAAUGUGAACCAAAUUUUGUCAAUUUUCAAUGAUGUGGCCAACAUAGUAUCUGGCAGUGAAUACCCAACUUCAAAUCUGUUUCUACCUGAGGUUUGGAGGAUUAAAGAAGUAUUGUUGUUGAAGUGUAGGGAUAAUAAUGAGUACAUCAGGGUAAUGGAAAAUUCCCGUUCUACAAGUGGUUCUACUAGAGUUGCUGCAGUCAAAGCUCCUAUUGGUCGAUCAAGGUUUUUGCAACAUGUAAGAUGUAAUGAUGUUGUGCGACCCGCUAAAACAGAUUUGGAUGUAUAUCUUGAAGAUGACAUUUACAUAUGUGAAAAUGAUGUCAAUGAAGAAGACAUAGAUGAUGAGUUUGAGGCUUUGGCAUGGUGGAAAUUUAAUGCCUUGAAGUAUCGCAUCUUGUCUAAGAUGGCACGGGGCAUUUUAGCUAUUCCAAUCACUACAGUAGCAUCAGUGCUGGUGGUAGAGUAA